AUGCCCCCAAUUUCAUUGUCCACGACUUCCUCGGCAGCUCAGUGUAUCUUCAUUUAUGCUGGAACAUAUGCAGAACAAGUCUACAUUCCGGCUCGAGCUGCACAACUUACGAUAUACGGAGAAACAACUGAUACAACUUCAUAUACAUCGAACACUGUGACUAUUACCCAGGGGAAGAGUCAGGACGACUCGGCCAAUAAUGACGCCACAGCUACAAUCCGUGCCUUUGCGGUUGGGUUGAAGAUCUAUAAUAUCAACAUUGCCAACAAAGAGGGAUCGCAGGCUGUUGCAUUGAGCUCCCAGGGCGACCAGCAAGGUUUCUAUGGGGUAAAGUUGACAGGCUACCAAGAUACCGUUCUUGCAAAUGAAGGGUUUGCGGUCUACGCCAAAAGUUACAUAGACGGUGCAACCGACUUUAUCUUCGGUCAACGACAAAGGGCUUGGUUUGACGGUGUCGAUAUUCGUGUUAAAGCCAAUGUUGG